CUUGUUUUGGUUUCAUUGAUUACAAGUCUAUUGGAAAUGUAAAGAAAACUUUAAUAACAGUGUAUUUAAUUAAUAUUAUUAUAAUUUAAUAAGCCUAAUUAAUUUAUGGAAAGCUAAGAUGUCCAAAUUACCAAAGGCAGCUCUUAGCUUAAAGCAGUUCAUGCUGCGCCAGGAAGUCCUGAAGCUCUACCGGGAGAUCUUCCGCACGAUUCGUCAGGUGCCCGACAAGAACAGCCAGGCUGAGCUCCGUUCCUGGGCUCGCCAUGAUUUCCAAACGAAUCGCAACCAAAGCGACGAGGUGGCCAUCAAGAUGCUCAUCCAGCAUGGAAGACGCAGCCUCACCGAGCUCCGAACCAGCCUCCAGCUAAGCGGGGUGAGCGAGGAAAAGUAGAGAGAGAUCAACUCCACG